UGGGUUUUUUUCUUUUUCUUUAGCGAACCGCUCUCCUUCUCCACUUAAAUUCUUUGAUUCUGCGUUUCUGCUUUUGCUACAAUCAAAUUCUCCGAUUCAAGGAUUCUCAGGAAACAAAAAUGGCAAGGAAAUUCUUCGUCGGCGGCAACUGGAAAUGCAAUGGAACAACCGAGGAGGUGAAGAAAAUUGUCAGCACGUUGAAUGAAGCUGAAAUUCCUUCAGAAGAUGCUGUGGAAGUUGUUGUGAGUCCACCUUUUGUGUUUCUUUCGCUGGUGAAGAGUUUGUUGAGGUCUGAUAUUCAAGUUGCAGCACAGAACUGUUGGGUUCGCAAAGGUGGUGCUUUUACUGGAGAAGUUAGUGCUGAGAUGCUUGUCAAUUUGGGGAUUCCUUGGGUUAUUAUUGGACAUUCUGAAAGAAGACUUCUUUUGAACGAGUCCAAUGAGUUUGUAGGAGAUAAAGUUGCAUAUGCACUUUCCCAAGGGAUUAAAGUCAUUGCUUGUGUUGGAGAAACUCUUGAGCAGCGAGAAUCAGGAUCAACAUUGGAUGUUGUUGCUGCACAAACUAAAGCUAUUGCAGAUAAAAUCUCUAAUUGGGACAAUGUUGUCUUGGCUUAUGAGCCAGUAUGGGCUAUUGGAACAGGGAAAGUUGCAACCCCUGCUCAGGCUCAGGAAGUUCAUGCUGAAUUGAGGAAAUGGCUUCAGAACAAUGUUAGUGCUGAAGUUGCUGGAUCUGUUAGAAUUAUAUAUGGAGGUUCCGUAAAUGGUGCAAACUGCAAAGAACUGGCAGGACAACCUGACUUGGAUGGAUUUUUGGUUGGAGGAGCUUCGCUUAAGCCCGAGUUUGUUGACAUUAUCAAGUCUGCUACGGUGAAGAAAUCUUCAUGAAUCGCCUGAGGAAGAGAUGGUUCUAUCUUCCUUUAGGUACGCGGGAUAUGUUGCGGAAAAUUGUUGUUUGCUUGAGCAAUAAAGUUUGAGACCCAAUGCUUUUGUAUAAUCAUCCUUUUGUAUUCUCUCCUUUUUGAUGCAUUUUGACAUAAAUUUGGCACUGUUGAGGUCACUAUUAUGUUUACGGUUGGAUUGAGAUCAUCUCAAUUCUGAUUCAGACAAAAUGUUGUGCGUUCUAAUUAUAAAAUGCUAGUUCAAUUUCCAAAUUUUCAA